AUGACUUCCGUACCUGCAACCGCUCCUACUACAGUCCGUGGUGCUCAGAGGUCCCUUCGUCCUCCCGUAGAGGCGUUCCGUCGCUUUGGGUGGCUACCUCAGAGCCCCGAUGCCUACGACAAAUGGAUGAGCAAAAUGCACGCCAAGAUGGCCCCCCUCGCUGCUCAUAUGCCGGGGCCAGGCAUCACCUACGGCACUGAUAAGGAGGCUCCUGCGCUCCUAGUACCCAUCCAGGAGUUCAAGGACUUCAUCGAGGGCAAUGUGGUGGUCUUCACAGACCUCGUCCGCAUGUUCGAUGGCAUGACCGAAUCUCCCACGAGUUACCAGGAGAUGCUCCUGAUGUUCAACGAGAUCUUCCGCGAGGCUCCCUCGUUCGGUUCCCUGGGCCCUCCAAUGUACAUGAUCAUGGCCAGGGUGAUGAACACAGAGGGAGGCUUCUCUGCGUUCACCAAGGAAUCGCUCAACCUGCAGUUCAAGAAAAUGUUGCAGACGUGGGAGCGGUACCUAUUGUCGAAGGAUUCCACUUCUGUCCUCAACACCAACCCCGAUGGAUGGUUCUCCACUGAGGCUAUUGACGCCAUGAUGGAGAAAUACGCUCCUGGGAGGACCUUUGCCGAGGUGUUCAUUUGUAACCCAGACGAGGACGCUUGGGGCUUCACCUCCUACGAGGACUUCUUCGUCCGUCGCUACCGCGAACCUGAUGUCGACCGUCCUACAGGUGAUGUUAGCGACCUCCGCAUCGUCGGGGCAGCAUGCGAAUCCGCCUUUUACGCUCUCCAGAACGACGUCCAGAGGACAGAUGAGCUGUUCAUCAAGGACGAAGCCUACUCCCUCGUCCACUUGCUUGCAGGUGACGAGUCCGUCGACUCCUUCAUCGGUGGCACUGUCAUCCAAUCCUUCCUGAACACCACCGGCUACCACCGCUGGCACGUUCCUGUGAACGGAACCAUCAAGAAGAUUGUCGACGUCCCCGGCACCUACUUCGCACAGGCACCUAGCUUGAUUGGCUUGGAGACGGGCCCCGACGAGCUCCCUCCCUACCUCCAAUCGCUGCAGUUCUUCGCCAAUACCGCGGCUCGCCAGCUCAUCUUCAUCGAAGCUGAAAACACGCAGAUCGGUCUCAUGUGCUUCAUUGCCAUCGGUAUGACCGAGAUUUCUUCGUGCGAAGCCACGGUUUUCGAGGGCCAACACGUCACCCGAGGCGAGGAACUAGGCAUGUUCCACUUCGGUGGCUCGUCGAGUGCGAUGGUGUUCCGCGCGAGCGCCGGUGUUCAAUUUGGGGGUGAAUACAUCGAGCCAGGUGCACACAUUCCUAUCAACGCGCCCAUUGGGGUUGCCAAUAUCUGA